AUCAAAAUAAACCUAUAAAUUUUAUCGUGUACCGACCUAUUUGGAAAUUCUAUAACAAAUUGUGUUUUUACUGCGUGUGGUUGAGUUUGCUACCGUCUAUAUGGUUCUGAAUUGAUGAGUUACAUUGAAACAACAAUUAUGUUUACGCAGAAAUAAUGCUGACAACGAUACUAAAUUUGCUUAUUUUUGUUGUGUGCGUGUUAUCCACACAAGCAGACAACAACACCGAUGCCAAAUUAGAAGAGCUGCACAAGAAAAAAAAUGAAUUGGUCAUUAAAAUUCAGAAUGCAAUUGAAGACAGCGUGAAGACGCUGCAGCAGAACAACGACGGCGACGGUCUACAUCAGUUAAAAGAACUGCAAAAGCAAUUCAAUGAAACGUUAAUAGAAGACGAACUUAACGAGAUACUGUAUUCUAACAAAUCAGCGCGCAGAAACCACCAGCCGAGGUAUUUAAAGAGAGGGAAACUGAAGCUAGAUUUGUUCGACAUUGCGGGACUUUUCGGCAAUAAAAAAAUAAAGGUACAUUCGGAACAGAGGCAACGGAAUCAGGAGAUCAUGAGGGAGAAACUCCGAGAAUGGAUGCUGAUGAGGGAACAGGAAAGGAAAAAGAUUAAACAAUAUCAAAAGCAGGAGAAGUUCGUCAGAGAGGAUUGCCCCAAAUUUGGCACCAAAACUAAAAAAGCAAAAAAGAAGAAAAACAGAAGAUCUUUUGAUUCGAAAAAUAGAAGAAAUGGGCAGAUGAAUGAGAAAAAAUCUGAUGAAACGAAAGACAGAAGAUCUUUAGAUACGAAUGCUGAUAAUAGUACUAGAAAAACGGUCUGCAAGGAGCUGGGGUCGUCCGAGCGCGGACGCAGGAGCAAACCUCGUGAGCCCACCGCAGACAAAUAUCCGUGUUGUAGAAAAUGCUGCAAAAGCUCGUAUCUUGGAUGUCUGUGAAUAAAAUAUGUCUAACA